AUGGCCGGCAACAGCGAUGGCGACGUCGAUGGCAAGCCGACCCCACUUAACCACAAACUGACCAACUGCCACAGCGAACCCUUCCUGAUUGGUGUCAGCGGGGGCACGGCCAGCGGCAAGUCCUCCUUUUGUCUAAAGCUUGUGCAGCUUCUGCGGCAGAGCAAAAUGGAGUGCCACCAGAAACAAUUGGUCAUCCUGAGCCAGGACAACUUCUACCGCGUCCUCACUUCAGAGCAGAAGAUCGAAGCCCUGAAAGGUCAGUUCAAUUUCCAUCACCCAGAUGCCUUUGACAAUGAACUCAUUCUCAAUACUCUCAAAGAAAUCACCAAAGGGCAAACCGUGCAGAUUCCGGUGUAUGACUUUGUGUCCCAUUCCCGGAAGGAGGAGACGGUCACUGUCUACCCCGCGGAAGUGGUCUUGUUUGAAGGCAGUUUGGCCUUCUACUCCCAGGAAGUGCGAGAUCUGUUCCACUUGAAGAUCUUCCUGGACUCAGAUGCGGACACCCGGCUUUCCCGCAUAGUAUUAAGAGAUAUCAGUGAAAAAGGGCAAGACCUGGAGGAGAUUUUAUCCCAGUACGUUAUGUUCACCAAACGUGCCUUUGAGGAAUUCUGCUUGUCAACAAAGAAAUAUGCAGAUGUGAUCAUUCCUAGAGCGGUAGACAACCCAGUGGCCAUCAACCUCAUCAUGCAGCACAUCCAGAACAUCCUGAAUGGAGGGCUUUCCAAGCAGAAGACCAAUGGCUAUCUCAACAGCUAUAUGGCUGAAUGCAAGGACCAGCCCUCGGAAUCCAGCCUCUGGCUGCAUUGA